CUCAUCCGUUCAGUCCGGUGCAGAUAGUGGCUGAAGAAAAUGGCCCCCAUCCGUACACGUCCAUAUUCGUACUACUUAGGUUAGCUUAUUUGAGUACCUAGACUUUUUUUUAUAGUGGUCCAAGCUUCGCAACAACACUUUUCAAUUCUUUCAAACUGCCUACCUCUUAGGUCGCACAUACGACCGGUCUAUUAUAUGAAGCUAGGCAGUGUUAAUUCAUAGCAAACACAUUCGAUCAACAACUAUUAGUUUUCAAUUCUACAUAUCUGGGACUGGAAAUCAUAUUAACUACUUCUACUAUGUUUGAUGUUCCUGAUGCUAAACGAAUUCGGCGGGAAGAAUUAUAUGAUUCUGCCUCAGAUGAGGAGGCGCCACAUGAUGAUCAAUGGGUUUCGACCUUGCGAGAGAAAUUAAAUGCGCAGUUCUCUGGUUUACUGGGUCUCAGCUCUGUAACAGAUGGAGAUACUAGAGCACAACAAGUCCCAGAAUCUCACGAAGGAAAUGCAAAUGAAACCCUUAUGGAUGGGGAUGACGUUAAGGAGUCCCAAGAGGAGACCUUUACAUUCAGGUUAUUUCGGGAUGAGGAACCCUUGCGGAAGGUAGUACUCGAACCCCAAAAUGCUGGUAUGGAAAAGGGUGGCGAUGGCGCUUUCGUGGUUGCUAAACGGCCGAUCUCAUACUACUUGGCUGGGGAACUGCCACUUGAAGCUACGGAUAGAUUCAGGAUGGCUGCAGUUAGCGCGGAUUACCUCUUCCAAGACGCAAAAAGGAGACGGUGGGGACUUGAGAAGCCAUGGAAAGUCACAACUGUCACUAUCACUAAAAAUAAUAAAAUGAGGGCUCCGGAUAGUUCUGUUGGCAAGAACGCAGCUGCUGAUGUAGAAAAGAAAAGAAAGAGGCCAGGGAAGAAGAGAAGAAUUAUUCUGAGAACGCGUGAGAAGGCAAAGAAGGAACAGGAGGAAGCUGCAAAACAACAAACAGUAGAGAAGGAAGAGCACCUGAAGGACAAGAAAAAGAGACUGAAUAGACAGAAAAAGCUAAAGCGGAGAGCUAAGGAAAGAGAAAAGAAACAAGGCGUGAAGGAUGACGCGGGUUCUGAGCAUAGUAAAAGGGACAGUUCGGACUAGGAGGAAUAAUUAAGCCAAUACCUUAUUUGUGAUAUUCAAUAUAGUUGGAUGUUAAGGAGUUCAUAG